AUAAAUCGUGCAGGACUGGGUUAUAACGACUAACAACCACAAAUCAACCCAAAAAAACCCAAAUGAGCUCUUACUUUGUAAACUCAUUCUCCGGUCGCUAUCAAAAUGGCCCGGAUUAUCAGUUACUUAAUUAUGGGACGAGCAGCUCCGAGAACGGACCAUACAGGGAUUCAGGCACCAUGCAUUCAGGCACUUACGGCUACAACUACAAUGGUAUGGACCUUAGCAUCACCCGUUCAGCCUCAUCUAACCACUUUGGAGUGGUUAAUACAGAAAAGUCCAGAAGCUAUCCUCCAGCUACAGAAACCAGGUUCAGGCAAGCAGCGAGCUGCACCCUCUCAUCUCCAGAACCCCUUCCUUGUUCCGGCAAGGACAGUCACGGAGUCAAGGGUUCCCCAUCCGACCCGACUACCUCCUCUAGUUCAGCAAGUAAUUUUACAGAAAUGGACGAGGCCGGAGCAUCCUCGGAUGCCGAAGAGGGCACUCCAGCCAACAACAACAACCAUCCCAGGGCACAGCAAGAACCAACACAAGCAACAACACCAGAACAGCAGCCACAAAUAUUUCCUUGGAUGAGAAAACUGCACAUUGGCCAUGCAGAUGGUAUGGGUGGACCCGACGGGAAAAGAGCCAGGACUGCUUAUACUCGUUUUCAGACGUUGGAGUUGGAAAAAGAGUUCCACUUCAACAGAUAUCUAACCCGACGGCGGAGGAUAGAGAUUGCCCAUGCUCUGUGUCUCUCAGAACGGCAGAUCAAGAUUUGGUUCCAGAACCGGCGGAUGAAAUGGAAAAAGGACAACAAGCUGAAAAGCAUGAGCAUGACGGCCGGAGCAAGCGCCUUUCAACCCUAACAAAUCAAAUGUAAAAAUAACAGACACCGUGCACCAGUACUGUACAGCGAGGCACCUUUUUCUCCGCGUGUUGUUAAAUAUUAAAGAUGAAUUAAACUUUUCUGUGGUAAUGCUAACAUUUUUUCCCCCUUUAACCUGUGUUGUCCUUUCGCUGUUAAAUGCUUGUUGCUGUCUUACAUGUGUCUGUGUCAGUGAACUGUUGGUGCUCUCUUGAAAAAGUAGCAUGGUUUUUGUGGAUUGUAAAUGGUAUAACUUAUUUAUAAUUGACACAAGUUGUACAAUUUGAUCUUCUUUCCCUCCCACACGCUGAUAAAAAGCUAAAAUCUUUGCUCUUGCACUAUCACCCCUCAAAAAUAUAACCACGUUCAUGUAAGUUUCUGUCCUUAAUGCUGUCCGUGAUUUUAAGCAACGUCUGUAUGUCGAAAUUCCAUGUAGAAUUCUAAUCUUUGGUAAUACAUGUGGAUAGAUUCUGAAAUCAGCGAUGAUUGUACACGAUUAUUUAGUGAGUUAUAAUGGUUGUAAAUAAUACAAAAAAAGUUUAUAAUGUUGCCUAUAGCUAGUCUGUAAUGGGCAGAGUGAUGAAUGGCAUAUUUUCUGUGGAAGUGAACGACAACUAUGUUUAGGUCCUACAGUAUGUUGCCAACAAGCUUUUUGUAUUUGUUUGUAGCUUAAUUCGAAAUAAAGUAAAAGUUUCUC